AAGAAUCAUCGCGUAACUGUGACACGACAUCCACAGACUGAACCCAACUGAACAAUUAUUAGUUUAAAUUAUUUUACUCUACGAUGCCUGGCGGUGUUGUAUUUCUAGUCUGCAUUCCCACGUACAGCUACGAACACGAGUUGAUAUUUGGUGUGCCCUCGAAACUAAAUAAGAGGAAUGAAAAAGGAAAAUUCGAGAUUGGACCAAAAGUGAAUUUGCGUCUGAGAGAAACACGAACGAGAACUCAAUUUUUGACGCUCGAUGACGAUGACGAAUUGCAAAGUAUCGUGGAAGCUGAGGAUGAUUCGACUGGAAGAAGAAGAGGGCGAGGACGCCGAGUUCCCGGCCAACGGGACAGAAACCCGGUUUUCGUGUCCAUGGAAACGGUUCUGGAUGAAUUAUUGAAGAAGUUGAAAGUAGAACACGUCGUCUGGUGCAAAGACAAAGAAGACAUGUAUUACCAGGUGAUAUUUCCGGUACCAGCUGGAGAACCAUGCGAGAAUUGUCUGCACUGUCUAACAGAAAUGGGGAUUGGUGUGAAAAUGAACUCCAUAGUAAGCGUGAUUCCGACCCAGUGCACGUACAGUGGCGUAGGUGGUGGUUCCGCUUACACGGCCGUCAAGGAUGAUCUAGCACGAAGACGAAAAGAAUCGGAAGAUAGGAAGAAUGCCUGGAAAGCGUUCGUGGAAUCAAUACGGUCGAAAUUGACAGUGAAACAAGUUGUGGAUGGCGUUCGCAGUGGUGGUGAUCUUACGUUCGAUUACGUGUUGCUAGUACUGACAGCUGAUUGUUUAGCAGCCCUUGGUCUCAUCGAAAACAGUGCGACAAACGUUGUUGCGGCCAUGUUGGUCUCUCCCUUAAUGGGCCCCGUAAUGUCGUUAACCUUUGGGACCAUCAUAGCCGAUAGAAAUCUUCAAUGUGAUGGCUUAAAAAGUCUGCUACUUGGAAUAUUUGUCUCGAUCCUCUUUGGCUUUAUAUUUGGUCUUAUUUUGGGCACCACAGAGAUGCCUUGGGGUUACAACGACUGGCCGACUGAUGAAAUGAAAGGCAGAGGUAAUUAUAGAUCACUAUGGAUGGGUGUAUUAUGGGCUUUGCCAUCAGGUACUGGUGUAGCCGUAGCUUUAUUGCAAGGAAGUAAUGGUCCUUUGAUUGGCGUUGCCAUAUCCGCUUCUUUACUACCCCCGGUAGUAAAUUGCGGUUUAUUUUGGGCUCUAGGGUGCAUAUGGUUAAUUUAUCGGCCGAUUAAAAUGCCACACAUAAAAGGGGAAUCUUACACCGACUACAACUCCUCGUACGUCUACGUGUAUACUGAUUAUCUACCAGUAGAAUUCUUCUGCAAUGGCAUAAUCAGUGCCUGUCUGACUUUUAUCAACGUAAUGUGCAUCUUUAUCACGGCAAUCAUAGUGCUAAAGAUUAAAGAAGUAGCUGCACCGUACACAUCUACACCGGAAUUACGUCGCUUUUGGGAGCACGAUAUCCGGCUGGUUCGUGAUAAGAAUAUUUCACGAGAUAACAGCUCGGUAGACUCGAGUUUUUACGAAGGUCUGAGUAAAACGAAACAACGGGCAUUAGAGCAAACGUUAAAUGAAGCAUUGCGAGAAGCCGCAGACGACGAGACGUUUCGCAAGGUUCAAAGAGUGAGCUACGGCCAACACGGCCCAGAAGAGUUCACGCCAAAACUUGGUCGCCACACCGCUGGUAGUGUAAGCAACAUUGCGCACACUGAACUCAAAGAAGAGACUGGAUCCGAUGGUUUUCGUCCAGCAGAUGGAUUAGAAAAUUCCGUUAGCACGAAAGAGGACUUGGCCGCUCUUGAUCGACUGGUCACGUAUCUUCUUGGACAGUCAAACAACGCCAAUUCUGUGAACUUGGAUUCUUGGCGACGUUCCCGUCGAGCAAGUUCACGAGGUUACAGACAAUUACGCAGUACGGGUGCCACUGCUGAGGGAGGCGAGGUUGGCUCCAACGUCGACACAACGCCGCUUUAACUCCAAAAAAUUUAGUAAAUAAAACUUCAUUCGAUUCGUCGAAUUAAUUUGCACUUGUAUUGACACAUAUGCUGCUCGACCAGCACGGAUGUUGCACACGUUCCUCGGGUAUAACACAACUUUUUAUUAAAGAUACAUGGAAUUACUGCAUUUGCUUUAUAACAACAGAGAUUAAAUAAUUAAGUAGAUU